AUGUCGUCGAUGCUGAAACUUCAACACGACACAAAUGCGCAGACAGAACUUGACAUGUCCAAUGCCAGGACGGCUUCGACGGUGUCUGUUGAGAACGUACGGGAUUUCCUUCAUCACGGAAGAUCUGCAUGGGAAACCCGUAGAAGAAUUGUCGGCAUUCUCGAGAACGAUCCCAUCUUUGAUAAGACAAGGAGAGAGUUCUUGACAAGGACUGAGAAGUACGAACGCGGUCUAGUGCUCACAGACCGGGUGUACGAACUACAGACGAUCCACAACUGGGACGAGCGGGAGGUGCAGGUUGCCAUCUCGAGUAUUGACGAGCAGUUGUCAAUCGGGUUGCAUAACAUCGCGUUCCAGCCGGUAUUUAUGCUCCAAGGAGGGCCGGUGUUGGUCAAGAAGUACGGUCCUCUCAUCGCUACACGCGCCAUCUUUGGCUGCUACAUGCAAACCGAGCUGGGUCAUGGUACCAACGUCUCGAGCCUGGAAACGACCGCGAUUUACAUACCAGAAACCAAGGAAUUCGAAAUCCAUUCCCCGACGAUCACUAGCAGCAAGUGGUGGAUAGGAGCUCUGGGGAAGACAGCAACCCAUGGAGUCGUACAGGCCAAGUUACUCCUUCCGGGUGGGAAGGAUAUGGGACCACACUUGUUUUUCGUGCAGCUACGAUCCCUGCAUGACCAUACAUUAAUGCCUGGGAUUACUGCUGGCGAUAUUGGCCCCAAGUCGAACGGUGGCUUCGCUGCCACAGACAAUGGUUUUGCUCGAUUCGACCAUGUUCGAAUCCCCAAAGAGAACAUGCUCUCUGGAUUCGCCAGCGUCACAGACGAUGGCCUCUAUCAGCAACCUCCCCACGCGAAGUUGAGCUAUGGAGGCAUGCUAUACAUUCGUGCAAACAUGGUGACUGGUGGAGGAUGGCUCAUUGCCAAAGCAGCUACGGUGGCAAUUCGAUACGCCACUGUCCGUCGACAGGGCGAACGGGAGCAAGAUGGCUUGGAGAAGCAGAUAAUUUCCUAUCCUUCUGUCUACUACCGCCUUCUUCCCAUACUCUCGCGGGCAUACAUGUUUAUCCAGCUGGGAAAGACCCUGACGAAGGCUUUCGACGUCAUGGCCAGCCGGCUCAAGAAGGGUGACGCCUCCCUCCUUGCCGAGAUGCACGCCACUACGAGCGGGCUCAAGGUCUACGUCUCUACCAACGGUGUAGCUGAUAUUGAAACCGCACGCCGAUCGAUGGGCGGACAUGGGUACAGCGCGUUCUCCGGUCUCGGUCGUCUGUACGCGGACUACCUGCCCAGCGUCACAUACGAAGGCGACAACUUCGUGCUCGAUCAACAAGUCGUCCGCGCGGCGCUCAAGUCGUACCAUGCUGUCUUCGCCUCCAGCUCACCCACGGUGGACUCGCUCUCGCCGUCGUCGGCUUACCUGAGAUACCUUGUCAACCCUCCAGCGGUACCGUCCGUCUUUGCGGAGAAGGAGUGGCGAGACCCUGUCACUGCCAUUCUGGUCCUCGAACUACGUGCGGCGCUUGUAGUGCGAGAGCUGGUCCAGAACGCGGAAGCCCGAGAUGCCAGUGCAAACCAGAGGGUGUCCAAAGCUGUUACGGAGGCUUUCGUGGCGACUCAGGCCGGCGACAUGAUCAAGAAUGCACUGAAAUUGCCUGGGAAUGACGGCAAGGUGGUCAGCAAAGUGUUCCUACUUUACUUAUUGACGACCGUCGAGGGCGGCCUGACUGACCUGCUCUCCUUCGGGGUGAUUGGCCCAGGUUCUGGGUUCAAGAUACACGAUCCAACUCGCUCGCUACGUCUAGCAAUUAAGAGUCUGUGCGAGGAACUUCUGCCCGAGGCCAUCGGCCUCGCCGACGCGUUUGGGUUCACCGAUUGGGAGCUGGACAGUGCUCUCGGGGUGUAUAAUGGGAAGGUAUAUGAGGCUCUCUGGGAACGCGCCCAAAGCGAACCGCUGAACCAGAGUGAGAUACCCGCUGCUUACCAGCAAUCUAUCAAGCCUAUCCUCCAGCGUGGCCAGAAACUUGUAGCGUCGGGGAAGGCGAAGCUUUGA